ACCCGCGUUCGGGGCCCAACGUGUUUCACGUAGGUCGCCUUCCCGGCAGGGAAGUCCUGAAGUGGUCUACCCCGCGUGUAGACGAGCGGCGUCGGUAGUGUCGCCAGGAUGGUGAAGCCCAAGUACAAAGGACGGAGCACCGUCAAUCGGUCGUCAGCCAGCACCAACCCGGAUCGAGUACAGGGAGCUGGAGGCCAAAACAUGAGGGACCGGGCCACAAUUCGGCGCCUGAAUAUGUACAGGCAAAAGGAGCGCAGGAACAAUCGUGGUAAAGUGAUUAAGCCACUGCAGUAUCAGUCAACUGUGGCUUCUGGCACAGUGGCACGAGUGGAGCCAAAUAUUAAAUGGUUUGGAAACACUCGUGUGAUCAAGCAGGCAUCAUUACAAAAAUUUCAAGAAGAAAUGGAUAAAGUUAUGAAGGAUCCAUACAAAGUUGUCAUGAAACAAAGCAAGUUACCGAUGUCUCUUCUGCGUGAUCGAAUCCAGCCUCAUAAUGCAAAGGUUCACAUUCUUGAUACUGAAAGUUUUGAAAGUACAUUUGGUCCAAAGUCACAGAGAAAGCGGCCAAACUUGUUUGCAAGUGAUAUGCAGUCCCUUCUAGAAAAUGCUGAAAUGUCCACUGAGAGCUAUGACCAGGGCAAGGACCGUGAUUUGGUAACGGAGGACACUGGUGUAAGAAAUGAAGCUCAAGAAGAGAUAUAUAAAAAGGGGCAGUCGAAAAGAAUCUGGGGAGAGCUCUACAAGGUGAUCGACUCAUCAGAUGUUGUAGUUCAAGUACUUGACGCUAGAGAUCCCAUGGGUACUCGUUCCCCUCACAUCGAAGCUUACUUGAAAAAGGAAAAACCCUGGAAACACCUCAUUUUUGUACUCAAUAAGUGUGAUCUUGUUCCAACUUGGGCGACAAAACGAUGGGUCGCUGUGCUUUCCCAGGACUACCCAACACUUGCUUUCCAUGCGAGUCUCACCAACCCCUUUGGAAAAGGAGCAUUCAUUCAGCUUCUGCGGCAGUUUGGGAAGCUGCACACAGACAAGAAACAAAUCAGUGUUGGGUUCAUUGGCUAUCCAAAUGUAGGCAAGAGCUCUGUGAUAAACACAUUACGAUCCAAGAAGGUCUGCAAUGUGGCCCCCAUUGCAGGAGAAACAAAGGUCUGGCAGUAUAUUACCUUGAUGCGUCGUAUAUUCCUGAUUGACUGCCCUGGCGUGGUUUACCCCUCUGAGGACUCAGAGACUGACAUAGUGCUCAAAGGAGUGGUUCAAGUUGAAAAAAUUAAGGCUCCUCAGGACCACAUUGGUGCUGUCCUUGAACGAGCAAAGCCAGAAUAUAUCAGUAAAACAUACAGGAUUGACUCCUGGGAGAAUGCUGAGGACUUCCUUGAGAAACUAGCUUUCCGUACUGGGAAGUUACUGAAGGGUGGAGAGCCUGACUUGCAGACUGUGGGUAAGAUGGUUCUCAAUGACUGGCAGAGAGGUCGGAUCCCUUUCUUUGUCAAGCCACCCAAUGCAGAGCCACCGACAGCUCCCCAGGGGGUGCUGGGCAGCUUUGUGACCUCACUUUUAUUUUUCAGAAUAUCCAAGGGCUUAAGUGAAAAGGUUUUUGCAAAAUAUGAAGAAGAGAAGAAAACGUCUGCAGAAGUCAGGGAUGCAGCACCCACCAAAAAGGGAAGGAAGCGGAAUGCAGAGAUGGAAGAAGAACCUUCAAAUAAAUCUCAGAGGAUGCUGACCUGUAAGGAACGGAGGAGAGCAGCACGUCAGCAACAAUCCAAAAAAGUUGGUGUGCGCUACUAUGAAACACACAAUGUGAAAAAUAGAAACAGGAACAAAAAGAAGGUGAAUGACUCAGAGGGACAGAAACACAAACACAAGAAAUUCAGACAGAAGCAAUAACAUCUAGAAAGUUGUUUAUUAAAUUAUACAAAAAUAUGCAA